CAGGGAUGAAACUGUCGCUCACAAAUGUCAGCAUUUCCUCGUGCACAAAACAAAAUAACAAAAUCGAGCUGAAAAUAAAAAUAUCCGAAGAAUCCGAUCAAAAUGGUAAAGUCUUCAAAUCCCCUGAGCAUCGUGCGCAGCAUUUACAACAACGAGUUUCAAUGGAUGCUGGUCAAGAGCUACGGACUUUUCUUCUUGGGAGUGCGUUUGGCCAAGGAGUUCGUGGGUGUCGAACUGAUGCCGUCGCUGGGGCCAGCCUAAGAGUACUACCAACAUUUAAAAAUUCCAAAACGGCAAUUAAAGAUAACUUAGUAUAAUAUU